AUGCACGCAUACACACACAUAAUCGUGGCAACUCUAAAACACGAAGCGAAAAUGAUCGUGCCACCACUUAACGAAUAGGUAGCAAUUAAUGUGUACGGCUUGCUGUCGUUUGGAACCUUGUUGGGGCGGCGGUUACUAACUGAUUAACACAACAGUUAACGGCUUUAGGACAGGCGACCGAUGAAGACCGAGUGCAUUGAAUACACUCAACGCACUUCAGCCUCACAAACGAUCGAACAACCAGGCGCGAAUGGUAAUCUUAUCUUGUUUGUAUCAUAAAUUAGACGGGAGUACAAGCAAUUUGUGCGAUAUCGAUAGGACGAAAGCAAUUUUGUACAAAUAUAUUGCCACCAAUAACAAUGCGAUGGUGAGCUUUGAUAUUCGAGUUCGCUUAAAAGACUAUUGCAGCGGAAAUUUGCCAACAGUUGAGCGAGUGAUUUCAUAACGUUAGCACUUAAAGGUUUCGGAAGUGAGUUUCGCUAGUAAAUCAUAGACAAAGACUUUUAAGUGAACAUAAUAUAAUAUUAGUUACAUGCAAUAUUAUGUCUAUGAAUAAGCAAACGUUUAGUAAAAAGUAAAUAAAAACAAACACAAAACCAGAGACAAUAACUCAUUAAAAAUAAAGUGAAGCAAGAACGAUUCAAAACAAAUGCGAAAAACUCAAGUCAAAGCGUUGCGCAAAGAAUAAAAAAAAGACUGCUUAGAAAAAUCAAAAACGAGCAAGUGUCGCGUGUUUGUGUAUUUCUUUUUGAAUUCCACAAAAUUUUAAAGUACAACAACGUUGGCUAAAAUGAAAUUAAGACUUUUACGUUGUUUACGUCACACGAAGCCUCAAGGUCCCGACGAAUUUCAUACAACGCCACAGGAUGUGGAGCAACAAUUUACCGAAGUACGUAAAUCGUUUCGUGAAGCCGUGAAAAUUUUGUUGUUGGGUACAGCAGAAUCUGGCAAGACAACUAUUAUCAAACAAAUGCGUAUAUUGCAUAUAAAUGGAUACACAGAUGAAGAACGUUGUGAUAAAAUCCCUGAAAUCUAUCAAAAUAUUCACGAAUCAAUGUAUCAGUUGGUGCAACACAUGGCUAUUCUUGGUCUACAGUAUCAAAGUAUAGCAAGUCGGAAGUGUGCGGAAUAUAUACUCUCAUUGGGAGAUCAGGCGCCGGAAUAUAUAAAUGAGGAUUAUUGCGAUCACAUCCUCACUUUGUGGAAUGAUGUUGGCAUUCGCUCCUGUUUCGAACGUUCCAACGAAUUUCCAUUACUGGACAGUACGAAAUAUUUCCUCGACAAUUUCGAACGCAUCUCCGAUCCCGACUACAUUCCGUCCACCGAGGACAUACUACAUAGUCGUAAGAUCACCACUGGCAUACACCAGAUUACUUUCAAGGUGAAAGUGCCUCGCGCUAUGGGUGGUGGAGUGCAAGAGUUUCGAAUGUAUGAUGUUGGUGGCCAGCGUGAUCAGCGUAACAAAUGGAUACAGGUCUUCGAGGGUAUACAAGCGGUACUCUUUCUCAUCUCCUGCGGUGAUUUUGAUCAGAGUCUGCGUGAAGAUUCACGACAAAAUCGGCUGCAAGAGGCGCUCAAUUUGUUCCGCAGUGUUUGGCAAAAUCGUUUUCUCGCCUCUGCCGGCUUCAUUGUCUUCUUGAAUAAGCGAGAUGUGAUGGAGCGUAAGAUACGCGCUGGAAAGCAUAUUGUUGAUUAUUUUCCUGAUUUUGAGGAUUUUUGCAAUUCACCGCAAGAGGGUAAUUAUUUCGAUGAAUCUGAUUGGACGAAACGUUUCAUUCAGCAGAAACUCAUCGAUAUCACGCACGAAACAUUUAAGCGCAAUUCUCGAAAUAAUAUUGACUAUUCGAGGCGAGAAUGCUACUAUCAUUUUACCGUUGCCACUGAUACAAGCUGUGUGCGGAAGGUCUUCAAUGAUGUACACCAGAUGAUUCUACAUCAGAAUAUAAAGCAGAUGGGACUACUGUGAUGAGAUUUUCAUAACCUGCAAGAAAAAUACUUUCUUCGACUGACCGAACCUCUAAAGCAUUCACUGAAAAAACAGCAUACAUACAUACAUAUUAUUAAAAUAAAUUUAUAAAAAUUCCAUUUUAUUGAUCAGACUUAAGUAGACUAGUAUAGAAAGAAGAUUCGCAUGUUAGAAAAAUAUGCAAUCCCAUAUUUACACAACAGGGCACAUCAGAUUUUGUGUAUUAACGUAAAAUGCUGAUGGAAGAAAAGAAGCGAGAGACAAAUGAAUGCAUCAGCACUGCCAGUCACCGAUGAUAGAAAUGUAUGACAGUCAGAUUUCUUGUAGUACGAAUAUGAGUUGGUGCAGAGAAAAUAGUGGCACAUGCUUCCUCAUACAUAGCAUAAAUAGUAUUCAUACAUACAUACAUAAGUGAACGCAAGAAUAGUAAUUUUUAAUAGUAUUAGGUCCUAGCUGAAUCUUUGAAUUUGCUGUUCAGCGCCAUGAUUUAGCAAUUCCUAUUCUGCAACUGUGAUUUUAAUAGGGCUAAUUAUUGUAGGCAACAAUUAGUUUUAAUGCGUAGAAUUUUCUAUUGAAGUAUAUAUGUAAUAAUUUAAAACUAGCAUAUUAACAAAUAUUUGUAAACUAUCACACAAUAUGUGUAUUCAUACCUUAAGUUUUUACAGAAGACCGAUUUUUGAACUUUUCUCAAAGCUAAUAAAAUUGAUGUUUUGAGUUUUGAAAUAAUAAAAAAGGUUAUUAAAAAAUUAUAUCCACACAUGUUUGAGUUGUGAUAUACAAUUUGUAGGCACAUUCGGCCACCGUAGGCUAAUGGUUUGUGCGUGACUAUCAUUCGAUAAGGCCCGGGUUCGAAGUUCACUGCGGGUAUAAAACUCCAAUUGAUAAAAACUCUUAUUUCCAAAAGUGACAGCCCGGAGGGAGGCAAUGGCAAACCUCCAAGUUGCCAUGAAAAAAUGUCCUCAUAAAAAAUCAUCUUCCGUUCAGAGGCAGCUUAAACUGUAGAUUUUUUUUUUUUAUUUAUUUAUAUAAACUUAUACAAUGUAAUA